AUGCUCUAUUCCUUUCAUCCGUACCUCAAAUACUUUGCCCUUCUGGGGCUUGUGCCUUGGUCAGAGAGUUGUGCCCAUUCUAAGCUCGUACAGAAAGUGUACUCAGCGUUCCUAAUAAUUUUAAAUGCAGUUGAUUUUGGGAUUUUCAUUUAUUUUCCUCAGAAUGCGGAACUAUUUCUCUCUCUUAUGGUCAACGUGAUUGUUUUCGUAGAUAAGAUUGUGUGUGUUACUGAAAUUAUACUGCAGGUGAUGGUUCACUAUGAUGACUACUUUAGGUUCUGCAGGGAGAUAAACUACUUGGGACUUCGAUUGCAGUGCGAACUUAAGAUACAUGUAGGGCGGUUAAAGUGGCAGUCGUAUGCUAAAAUUCUAGUACUCGGUAUUGGAUUAUUGGUGACGGUGUUGCCCUCCAUCUAUGUUGCUCUAAGCGGUAGCCUUCUCUACUUUUGGUCCUCCCUCCUGUCAAUCCUUAUUAUAAGGAUGCAAUUCGUAUUGGUUCUUUUGUACGUAAAAUUGCUGUGUCACCACGUGAGUCUGUUGGGCACACGACUUCAAAAAGUACUAGAGUGUCAUACUAUCGGCGCCAACUAAACUUUUGACGGUAAUGCCAAUCGGCUUUGUUCCCUGGAGUUUCUGUUAGCACUUAAGCAGAGCCAUAUGGAACUGCAUCAUCUGUUCACCCACUUCAACGAUCUUUUUGGCUGGUCCAUACUUGGUACCUACGUGGUUCUGUUUUCAGAUAGUACCGUCAAUAUUUACUGGACCCAGCAGGUUCUGGCUGAGGUUUAUGAAUACAAAUACCUUUAUGCAACAUUUUCCGUUUUUGUACCGUCAUUCUUCGACAUCUUAGUGUUUUGCCGUUGUGGAGAGUUUUGCCAACGACAGUGGUGCAAUCUGUCUAGUUCGGACUUAUACCUAGUACCUGCAAUUAUACUGAUAGAAACGAACGAAUAUGCAGGCGGACAUGGCUAUACAAACAUAAUGCUAAUCAAGAAUAUACUCAAAUAUAUACAAAAUGUAUUGGCUAUCAAUGCUGAGGGCUUUAUGAGCACUGAUAAUUCGCUUCUAAUGUCGAUUUUGGCUGCGAAAGUUACCUAUUUAAUCGUGCUUAUGCAAUUCAGUUCAGUGUAGGAAUUGCCUAACGCUUUUCUCUUAUGUAAACAAGACUACGAGAAUGUAUGAAACAACAUAUAACACUGCAUAAAAUUAUCACACGUCUUUUUAUUCCAAAACGGGAUUUAGUUCCUCGGCGCCAUAUAUAUUUUAUUGUUGAUCUAGUAUAAUCGCCGACAAAGUGCAGGGGGUCCAAAAAAGAAUCCUGAUAAGAAAAAUUUCAA